GGCCGUGGGCGGCGGAAGGACACGCGCUGUGCUCCGCCCUCUCUCUAUAUAACCCGCCGGCAGCCGGAACUUCUCCUCUUCAUUCAGCUGCUGGAGAAUCAGUGUCCCGCAAGUCACCGGAGACAAGAUGCCAGAAGAGGUCCAUCAUGGCGGCGAGGAGGAGGUGGAGACGUUCGCCUUCCAGGCGGAGAUCGCGCAGCUCAUGUCUCUCAUCAUCAACACCUUCUACUCCAACAAGGAGAUCUUCCUGCGGGAGAUAAUCUCAAACUCUUCCGAUGCCCUGGAUAAGAUCCGCUACGAGAGCCUCACUGACCCCUCCAAGCUGGACAGCGGCAAAGACCUGAAGAUCGACAUCAUCCCCAACAAGCAGGAGCGCACCCUGACCGUGCUGGACACCGGCAUCGGCAUGACCAAGGCCGACCUCAUCAACAACCUGGGCACCAUCGCCAAGUCCGGCACCAAGGCCUUCAUGGAGGCGCUGCAGGCCGGAGCGGACAUCUCCAUGAUCGGACAGUUUGGGGUCGGCUUCUACUCGGCUUAUCUGGUGGCGGAGAGGGUGGUGGUGAUCAGCAAACACAACGACGACGAGCAGUACGCCUGGGAGUCCUCCGCCGGGGGCUCGUUCACCAUCAAGACCGACAACGGUGAGCCCAUCGGCCGCGGAACUAAAGUCAUCCUGCACCUGAAGGAGGACCAGCUGGAGUACCUGGAGGAGAAGCGGGUGAAGGAGGUGGUGAAGAAGCACUCGCAGUUCAUCGGGUACCCCAUCACCCUCUAUCUGGAGAAGGAGCGAGAAAAGGAGAUCAGCGACGACGAGGAGGAGGAGAAGGAGGAAGAAAAGAAAGAGGAGGCCGAGGAGGACAAGCCCAAGAUUGAGGACGUGGGCUCUGAUGAGGAGGAGGAGGGCAAAGACAAGAAGAAAAAGACCAAGAAGAUCAAGGAGAAGUACAUCGACCAGGAGGAGCUGAACAAGACCAAGCCCAUCUGGACCCGCAACCCGGACGACAUCAGCCAGGAGGAGUAUGGCGAGUUCUACAAGAGCCUGACCAACGACUGGGAGGACCACCUGGCCGUCAAGCACUUCUCGGUGGAGGGUCAGCUGGAGUUCCGGGCGCUUCUCUUUAUCCCGCGCCGCGCCCCAUUCGACCUGUUCGAGAACAAGAAGAAAAAGAACAACAUUAAGCUGUACGUGCGCCGCGUCUUCAUCAUGGACAGCUGCGACGAGCUGAUCCCAGAGUACCUCAACUUCAUCCGGGGAGUGGUGGACUCCGAGGAUCUGCCCCUGAACAUCUCUAGAGAAAUGCUGCAACAGAGCAAGAUCCUGAAGGUGAUCAGGAAGAACAUUGUGAAGAAGUGUAUGGAGCUCUUCACCGAGCUGUCCGAGGACAAGGAGAACUACAAGAAGUUCUACGAGGCCUUCUCCAAGAACUUGAAGCUUGGAAUCCAUGAAGACUCCACCAACAGGAAGAGGCUGUCUGAGCUCCUGCGUUACCACACCUCACAGACCGGGGAUGAGAUGGCCUCUCUGACGGAGUACGUGUCCCGCAUGAAGGAGAAUCAGAAGAGCAUCUACUACAUCACAGGUGAGAGCAAGGAGCAGGUGGCCAACUCUGCCUUCGUGGAACGUGUGAGAAAGCGUGGCUUUGAGGUGGUCUACAUGACGGAGCCCAUCGACGAGUACUGCGUCCAGCAGCUGAAGGAGUUUGACGGCAAGACGCUGGUGUCGGUCACCAAGGAGGGGCUGGAGCUGCCCGAGGAUGAGGACGAGAAGAAAAAGAUGGAGGAGGACAAGACCAAAUUCGAGAGUCUGUGCAAACUGAUGAAGGAAAUCCUGGACAAGAAAGUGGAGAAGGUGACCGUGUCCAACCGCCUGGUGUCCUCUCCGUGCUGCAUUGUCACCAGCACCUACGGCUGGACAGCAAACAUGGAGCGCAUAAUGAAGGCCCAAGCCCUGCGUGAUAACUCCACCAUGGGUUACAUGAUGGCCAAGAAGCAUCUAGAAAUCAACCCAGAGCAUCCCAUCGUGGAGACGCUGCGGCAGAAGGCAGACGCUGACAAGAACGACAAGGCGGUCAAAGACCUCGUGGUUCUGCUGUUUGAGACGGCUCUCCUGUCCUCCGGCUUCUCCCUGGAUGACCCCCAGACCCAUUCCAAUCGCAUCUACAGGAUGAUCAAGCUCGGCCUUGGCAUUGACGAUGACGAUGCUGCGGUGGAGGAGACGGCCGCUCCGGUCCCAGAUGAUAUCCCCCCUCUGGAAGGUGAAGAGGACGCUUCUCGUAUGGAGGAGGUGGAUUAAUGCCUGCAGCCUGUCUCUGGGGAGCCUCUGGACUGUACACUAUUGGGGGGGCCCCCUCCUGGCAUGUUACUGGUUGAGGGGGAAGAAGUUGCUGCUGUCGGAGCCCCUGGGUCAUUGCACUGUGGGAACCCUCUACUGUAGUAUAGCCGCUUGCCCCCACGAUCGGACGGCCUGCUGCGUCCUGUCAGCUUCUCGCCCCAUGCAGUGCCCUCAGGAAUGUCUCCACCGCCCGUCUUGUGUGAGGAUGUUAUAUUUUGUUAAAUGGUUUAUGUUCUGCUCAAAUAAAGUCGUUUUUACAAG